CGCGAGGUGCGCCUGGCCCUGCUGCUGGGCAACCGCAGCUACCCCCAGCCCUUCGACCUGCCCCCGAUCCCGAAGAACCUGCGCGACCUGGAAGCGGUGCUCGAACGGCGCGGCUUCGAGGUGACGUCAGCGCUGGACCUGGACCUGCCGGCCGCACGCCGGGUGCUCGACCAGUUCAUCACCCAGGCCGCGGCCAGCCCGCCGGAUGCGACCGUGUUCUUCUACUUCAGCGGCCAUGGCGUGCAGGUCGACGCGGCCAACCUGCUGCUGCCCGCCGGCCUCAAUCCGACCGCCCGCGGCGACCAGUUGCAAAACGGCAGCGUGCAACUGCUCAGCGACGUCGUGCGACGGCUGCCACCGCGGCGCGAGGGCAUGGUGAUCGCCGUGGUGGACGCCUGCCGCACCGGCCUGAAGUCGGGCGAGGUGCUGGGCCUGAACCAGGUCGAGGCGCCCCCGGGCUGCCUGAUCACCUUCUCCACGGCCGCCGGCAAGCCGGCGAUCGCCCCGGCGGUGGAAACGCAGAACACCUUCUACACCGGGUCCCUCGUGCGGCUGAUGGCCAGCGUGCCCGACCAGACCACCUUCCCCGAGCUGAUGCAGCUCGUGCGCAGCGAUGUGCGCGAGACCAUGCUCAACCAUCCGCUGCCGGCGAUCCGCCAGCUCGCGCAGGACCCCUUCAUCGCGGACCACACCCGCGUGCGGCUCACCGUCGAGCCGCGUCGCGACGGUGCCGCCGCCGUGCCGGACAUCGACGAAGCCGCCGAGCUUCGCCGGCUCGAACGCCUGACCUGGCCGGCCGAGACCUGCGCCAGGACCUGCUGCGCUGUGGCCGCGGCGACAAGGACGCCGCCGCCCGCAUGGCCCUGCGCGCCCGCAGCAGCGUCGCGGGCUACGGCUCCGCGGCGCAGUCGCGUUAUGAGGGCUGGCUGCAGUUUGCCGUCGCCCUGGGCAACGGCAUCGCGAGCUAUGAGCUGGCGCUGCAUUUCCGCAGCACCGGCCAGCCGCUGCUGGCCUCGCAGUUCGAGGCGCGGGCGCGUGAGUUGGGCUACACGCCGCCGCCGGACCUGGACAACGUGCGCAAGUAG